UUGCCCCAGGUCUGGGCACUAGGCCAAUUCUCACCCUCCAGCCAGGGUUAAACAUUAGCAGGAGGUUAUCAACGCUGUAUAGAGGAGGGUGAGGGGGAAUUAAAAUUUCACCAUCUUCUCUGCGGGCGUCACCAGUCCCCACGGAGCCCAGACAAUGCCUGUGGAGGAGUUCGUGGCUGGUUGGAUCUCUGGAGCUCUGGGUUUGGUCCUGGGACACCCCUUUGAUACUGUAAAGGUGCGUCUGCAGACCCAGACCACGUACCAGGGCAUUACUGAUUGCAUGGUGAAGAUUUACCGCCAUGAGUCGAUUCUGGGCUUCUUCAAGGGCAUGAGCUUCCCCAUCGCGAGCAUAGCUGUGGUCAACUCUGUGCUGUUCGGGGUAUACAGCAACUCCCUGCUGGCACUCACCGCAACCUCCCAUCGGGAACGGCGGGCUCAGCCACCCAGCUACACACAUGUCUUCAUAGCAGGCUGUGCUGGGGGGUUCAUGCAGGCCUACUGCCUGGCUCCUUUUGACCUCAUCAAAGUCCGGCUACAAAACCAGACAGAGCCAAGAGCAAAGCCGGGGAGCCCCCCACCCCGGUACCGGGGGCCUGUGCACUGUGCAACUUCCAUCUUCCAGAAGGAGGGGCCACGGGGGCUCUUCCGAGGAGCCUGGGCCCUGACACUGAGGGACACCCCCACACUGGGAAUCUACUUUGUUACCUAUGAAGCACUCUGUCGCCAGGGUACACCAGAGGGCCAAAAUCCCAGCUCUUCCACAGUGUUGGUAGCAGGGGGCUUCGCCGGCAUCACCUCCUGGAUCACAGCCACGCCCUUGGACGUGAUCAAGUCCCGGAUGCAGAUGGACGGGCUGACACGGAAGGCGUACCAGGGCUUGCUGGACUGUGUGGUGAGCAGCAUGCGGCAGGAAGGCCCGGGGGUCUUCUUCCGCGGCCUCACCAUCAACAGUGCCCGUGCCUUUCCCGUCAACGCUGUCACCUUCCUCAGCUAUGAAUAUCUUCUGCGCUGGUGGGGUUGAGAUGAGGCUCAGGCAAUGCCAGUAGCUCCCAGCAGGCCCAGUCCUGCCUACCAAUGUGAGAUUGGGCUGGAAUUAGAGACCAAUUUGAAACCACCAUUUGCAGUUCCAGCUAGGAGGCUCAGCUCUUCUGAAUCAAGGCACCUCCUAUCAGCCAGCGGCCAACAGUGGUGCUGGAUUCAGCCUACCAUGACAAUCUGUAAGGUCUGUGGAGCAAAGAGCGCAGGCACAAGGGGACUAACAGUGUGCUGGGGGCAUCCCAGCCCCUGCGCCUCCUGAAGAGCUCUGGAGACUCUGCUUCUGGCACCAUCCAACCCCCUGCUGCCUCCCAUCUCCCCUUCUUUCACACCUCUCACUAACCCUCACCUUAACCUUCACGACUCAGUGUGACCUUGAUAUCUCCUCCCUCUAGAAUCCUUCAGUGGCUCCCACCACCCUUAGGAAAAAGCCCAAACUCCUCCACCACCUGGGCCCUCCUCCCUACUAGGCUUUGUUCUCCCUUAGUGGCUUCUUGGGCCUUGAACAAGCUGUGUUUUGUCAUCACCCUGGCCUAGAAGGCUUAUUUCCUCUUGACCCUGGGUGGGAGGUGACCCCAUCCUUCUCCAAGACCCAGGCUGAGCACUCAGUCCCUUGGAGUCCUUUCUUGGCUCUUCUCCUCACCCUAGGCUGACUUUGGGAUGCCCAGGCACCCUGCUCACAUUUUAUGAUCAUAGCGCUGCCUGUGCCACUUCAGAGUUGUUGGUUUGCUUGUAGACCAUGGUGAGCUCCCUGAGGUCAGGGACUGUACUUCUGAUUGGUUCUCAAGGUAAAGCCCUCUGCUUGGAUGGACACAAAUUGUGUAAAUGCUUGUUAAAUGAAGUGUCCAUUGCACUCCUGGCCAGUCUCUCCCCUCUCCAGUUGCAAACACCUGCUUCCUUAGUCCUGCCACACGCAUUUGUCCAUAAUCCUCCCAGGUCCCAUUUGCCUGCCCUGAACUCUCUUGAGGUCAUCUGCCAUGGAGUGGUCCCAGAAGUUGACGGGUCUGCCUUGCCCACUCUGAGCUGAUGGCACUUGUUUUUUAUCCAUCUCAAUUGCUAAGUGGGAAUGAUAAACUGGCUAAGAGGGUUAUUUUAAUGACAAUAAAACUGAGUAUAGUUUGUAUCCA